UCCACUAUAGUUUUUGGCAGCCAGCACCUAUCGUAAUCCCAACCCAAUCAAAUUCCAGCCACAUCCACUUCUUCACUUCUCUUCCCCAACCAAAAGCUAGAAUAUAUGUACCUCUUCACUUUUAGAAGACUUUCUCGUUAAAAAAAUAAAAAAAUAGAGAAAAAAGUGAGACGAUGAUUCGGUGUGUCGCGUGGACACCACUAAUAGGUGCACCUUUCAUCACCACCGUCCAUUUCACAUCUCCACCAUCUAUCAGAAUCUUCGCAUCUCGUUCUUCCCCAUCAUCCAUCGUGGCAGCAUCUAGAAGAUCAAUAUCUCUGUCAAUUAUCGCCGUCACGUCUUCCGUCGUCUCCUCCGUUUGCUUCUCUUCUCCGGCACUAGCUGAAUUCUCUGAAAUCCCUGAUUCAGGUGGAGUUAAGAGUCUCGACCUCCGAAUCGGCGACGGUGAAGUCCCCAUUGAAGGAGAUCAGAUUGAAAUACAUUAUUAUGGGAGGUUGGCUGCUAAGCAAGGAUGGAGAUUUGAUUCAACAUAUGAUCAUAAAGACAGUAAUGGUGAAGCUGUUCCUUUCACAUUCGUCCUUGGUUCUAGCAAAGUAAUUAGGGGGAUUGAAACAGCUGUAAGGUCUAUGAAAGUAGGCGGGAUUCGUCGCGUGGUUAUACCUCCAUCUCAAGGAUACCAAAAUACAUCACAAGAACCUCUUCCACCAAACUGUGUUUUGCAGUUCUUUGACAGACAGAGACUCUUCACGACUAUCUUUAACCCAACACGUCUUGCCAAUGGAGAAGGUUCAACUCUUGGAACUCUUGUAUUCGACAUCGAACUCGUCAGCACCAGAAAGAAGACGCCUUAAUCGAUGAGUCAUAUUCUCUCAAUUAGUACUAUCUGGUUUCUUCUCAGUCAAGAAAGCAUAUAAUAUUCGGUAUAUUGUAAUCAUUUUAGAAAUUUUAUAGGUUACGUGAGUAGAACAUUCAGUUUUAUAUAAGUGACGUACUUGUGUGUUGACAAAAAUGCAAAUCUUAUCCCAACUUAGACUUUUCGCUUUCGUAAAA